GUUCUCGAGACAUCUCCGAGUCUCUGAACAGCGAGAUCACUAGAAACCGGGAAUGCCAAAUUCAACCAGUUCCACUUCGUCCACCAAAAGCAUGAGAAGAGCCGGAUCUGAACUGGAGCGUUCCGACUCCAUCACGUCUCAGCCUCGCUUCGUGGGACGCAGGCAGAGUCUGAUCGAGGACGCGCGGAAAGAGAGAGAAGCGGCGGAAGCAGCGGCUGAAGCGGCGGAGGCCAACGAACACAUCGUGUUUCAGGAGGACGACGGAAAAGCACUGCUGAACCUUUUCUUCACCCUGAGAGCCUCCAAAAGUCCGGUCCUCUCUCGCAUUCUCAAGGUCUUUGAGACCUUUGAAGCCAAGAUGCACCAUCUUGAGACCAGAAUGAGCCGUAAUCCUAAAGACGGACCGCAGGACUUGGAUUAUUUUGUGCGCUGUGAAGUUAAUCUAUCGGAUGUAAAUACCCUUGUCAGUUCAUUGAGAAGGGUUGCAGAUGAUGUCAGAACCACUAAAGAGAUGAAAUUUCACUGGUUCCCAAAGAAAAUUUCAGAACUGGAUAAAUGCCAUCACCUGGUGACCAAAUUUGAUCCAGAUUUGGAUCAGGAUCAUCCAGGAUUCACAGACCCUGUGUACAGAAAACGACGAAAACAGAUUGGGGAUAUUGCUUUCAAAUAUAAGCAAGGGGAAACAAUCCCUAGGGUGGAGUACACCCAAGAAGAAAUUGAAACCUGGCGAGAGGUCUACACUACCCUCAGAGAUCUGUACACCACCCAUGCGUGUAAUGAGUAUUUAGAGGCUUUUAGGCUGCUGGAGAAACACUGUGGCUAUAGCCCUAAUAGCAUCCCUCAACUAGAGGAUAUUUCUUGUUUUUUGAAAGAGCAUACAGGGUUCCAGCUGAGGCCUGUGGCAGGUUUGCUGUCAGCACGAGACUUUCUGGCCAGUCUGGCAUUCCGUGUGUUCCAGUGUACACAGUAUAUUCGCCAUGCCUCUUCCCCCAUGCACUCCCCUGAACCGGACUGUGUGCAUGAACUUCUGGGCCAUGUUCCUAUGCUGGCUGAUAAAUCAUUUGCUCAGUUUUCCCAGAACAUUGGACUUGCCUCUCUUGGUGCAUCAGAGGAUGACAUUGAGAAACUGUCAACACUUUACUGGUUCACAGUGGAGUUUGGAUUGUGUAAGCAGGGAGACACAUUGAAAGCUUAUGGAGCAGGCCUUCUUUCAUCCUACGGUGAGCUAGUACAUGCACUUUCAGAUGAGACGGAGAAACGAGAGUUUGACCCAGACACUGUAGCCGUGCAGCCAUACCAAGAUCAGAACUACCAGUCUGUCUAUUUUGUGUCUGGGAGCUUUUCUGAUGCUAAAGAAAAACUGAGAAUGUAUACGAUGGGCAUCAAGAGGCCAUUUUCAGUGAGGUUUGACCCAUACACAAACAGUAUAGAAGUUCUUGACAACCCACUGAAGAUCAGAGGAGGACUGGAGUUGGUGAAGGAUGAUCUGAAGGUCCUUACGGACGCCUUGAAUGUAUUGGCUUGA